AUGGCAACUACCGAACGAAACUUUUUCAUCCGCAUGGCCUUGAGACAUUUGAUGUAUUCUGCAUCACAUGCUCAGAGCGUCUACGAUAUGAAUCGAGACGUGGGAUUGACCAGCCUAUUGGCCAUACACUCGCGCCUCUUACCGUUGUUUCGAGACCUGAUCAUUAAGCUAGUCUCAUCAUUAGAGGUACUUGACUUCGAAAAUGAACCAAUUCCCGAGCUCUCACUAUUUCCAAAGUUUGCAGAAUUGCAGCAUACUAUGGAACAAGCCGUUUCUGCUGUCGUUUCCGUUGCCCUUCGCCCCGAUCAGCCCGACAUAGAGGUGGACGGAAACUGCAAAGAUUUCAAAAUAUUCCGAACUUCUCGUUUGCUAGAGGACAUCAGGGAACUACAGGAUCUCAACUGGGCCCUUUUCGAGGUGCUAUCGGAACUCAUUCAAGGCCCUGCGCCCAUCGACGACCCGGACACGGAGCAAAACCCGGUGGACAACCAAGAUCAGGAUAUUGGCGCAGGCUGGCGAGUCAUCGAUGAUCCGGACCCUGACCAAGUUUGGGUAACUAACCCAAACCGGCUGGGCAACCAAGAGUGGGUUGGCAACCAAGACUGGUUUGGCAACCAAGACUGGGGUGGCGUCCAAGACUGGGGGGAUAACCAAGAUGGGGGGGCCAACCGAGACUGGGCGGACAACCAUGACAGGUGGGAAGACCCAGACCAAGAGCGCAACCCGGGCAACGACAAUGCGAAUGCUGAGCAAGCCAAUGCAGACGCUGAGCAAGUCCCGGAGGACACGGAUGCACAGAACGCCGAGAGCUCCGGAAAAGAAGAAAGCUGGACGUCAAAGAAAAAACGGGAAAUGAUCUCGAGAGCGACUCUCUCGACAAAUUUUAUCGAUGCAAUGAUUCGACGUUGCAAACAAUCCGACUUUGCCCUCCUUCACGAAACCUGGCAAGCCGCGAUUGGGGACAUCGAUCAUGCACUCUCAUUCUUCUGCGGGAAAUCGCCUGAUGGAAUAAGCAGAAGAGACGACAUAGCUCGACUGACUCGAUCCGCCAUUGCGCUCAUGAAAGUCACGAGGGUUUUCUACAGCAGGUUGUCGAAUACCUCGACGCAUCUAUUGCCAUUCACAUUGCCCCACGAUGUGAGCUCUGACGAACUCGAAUUGAUGCUAUGGAAGACGGCGCCGUUAGCUCGCAUAAUUGAUGAUGAGUUAUUCGUCCUGAUACGUGAAAUCAAUUGUGUCAAUACGAUAACAAUUUGGCAGCAAUCUAUCAUUACUCAGAUAGUUAGAGAGAUGCACAAGGAGUUCACAGUUGCUUGGACGUUUUUGAAGAGAUAUCUUGUUCCCUUGACUCCCAAAGCCGGUCAUCCCAGUUCAGCUCCGUUUGUUUUUGAUGAUCACUUUCAGGAUUUAAAGGAUCAGUUUUACCUCGCCUGCGACAAUACCAUCGAGUUCGCCGACAAAGUAGAAGAUCCAGAGUUCUAA